AUGGGUGAAACAAACGCUCCCACUGAGAGGCUCCAUUACUUACCGAAGGAUACUGUUUCCAAGGCGCAAAACACCGAUCCACUCUCGAGAAUGCAAGAACCUGAGAAUCGAGUCAGCAAGCACCCGGUCGAUGAAAGUGACGGGCCCAGCCCGCCUCGCAAAAGAACGCGCCAGUCUGCACAGGCCGGUGACUUUACUUUGUCCACCCCCUUCAGUGACAUCAUACCCAGUGAUUCGACAAUGAGUGAGGAAGAGACGUAUGUAUCUCCUAAGGAAAGACCCUCACCAACCCGUGAAAUCCAAGCUUCCAUACCAAAGAGAACACCAUCACCUUGCCUCGAUAAUUCUGUCUCUGGAAUUAAAAAGGAGGCUUGUCGGAUAAACCGAGAGCAAAUCCGAUGCAUGGCAGAGAUCUCGGAGACACUAGAGCGAGAGGUUGACCGGAAAACAUUGUUUGGGCAACUGGUAACCGAACAGGAGGUUCUUGAGGAUACCCAUAAGGAUUUGUUCUCACGUGUUCUUCAUGAAUACCGCGCCAUUCAAAAGAUAUCUGGCACAAACUCGCCCAUUGAUUCAGCAGGGCGACGUGUGUCGAAGCAGUUCAGCGAAGUCUACGCCGAGCUAAUGAAAAAGCUCAAAGACAUAAAAACGCUACAGUGGCAGCAAGAGGAUCAACUCAAGGAGAUGGCGCAUGUGCAGCGGACUGCGAACAUGGAACUAUUCCAUCUCGAGAAGAAGUUUGUCACUGCCUCUAAACGAGUUGGGGAUGUAUUCAGCAAGCAGUGA